UGUGAAUAUUGGAUUGUGAUUUGUGGUAUUUCAACGAGAUUUUUGCUGUUUAUUUAAACCAAUAUUUUCGAUACUUGUCAUAUUGUUAAAUAAGUAUUGAAACCGUACCCUAUACAUAAUAACCAUGGGGGAAGAAGACGAGUAUGCAUGUGUCAACAAAUCCAAACUUAAAAUCAAGACUGACUCUGGAAUAAAAAAGAAAAAGAAGAAGAAGGCUAGCAAAGAUGCUGACAAAAUCAUUGAAGAAGAAGUAAAAGAACAGAUGAAGCAGCAGCAAAACACAGACAAACGGACCAAAGCCGAAAUCGCCUUCCAGAAGAUGCAGGACAAAAUGAAAAAGCAGAGAAUACUACAGAAGGCAGAAAUGACUCACAAGCAAAGAGUAGAAAAGUUCAAUCAACAUCUGGAUAGUCUUACGGAGCACUUUGACAUACCUAAAGUUUCUUGGACAAAGUAA